UGUUGCAUCAUGGCGGCAUCCUUUGUGCUGUCAACAAACGCGAGACUUCUCUCCAAGAGACUUUUUAUUAAUGGAAGAAAAGCUCUGAAGAAUGUCACCAGUUCAUGUAGUUUUUCACAAGCCAGCCCAAGCCCAGCUGUUCCCCCUCCUGUAGUUGGAAGUCAAGGAUGGCAACUUUGGAGUGCUGUGUGCAUUGAAAGGCCAGCAGUCAUUACUCAGCCUAUGACAGACCUGGAAAAGGCAUAUCUGUCAGACCUUUUACAGGUGGAACAUGAACACAGCUACCUGUCAGAACAUGAAAUACGCCAUAAAAAUGAUUUAUUAAAAGCUGAGCAGAAUCGCAUGCAAGAUGAUGUUGGGGAUGCAGACAUAGAUUCUGUGAAACAGACUGCACUUGAUCAGGAAGAUGUUUGGGAAUCUGAAUUCCAAGCUUUUACCCCAGCUGAUAGAAUAACUGAUGCUGAUAGGAAAAAUGAUAUGAAGUCAUUGAGACGAAAGUUGGACAGGAAGUUGUUUUUUAUCAUCAAACAGAAGCUUGGUGACACAACUAAUUGGGUUUUACCACAGGGUUAUUGUGCACAGGGGGAGUCCUUGAGACAGGCAGCUGAGCGAGUGCUACAGACUCAGGUGGGCCCAGUCGCCAAAGCUAUCUUCAUGGGAAAUGUUCCAUGUGGGUUUUACAAGUACAAGUUUCCAUCCGCUCUUCAGACGCAGACAAAAAGUUUAGGUGUAAAGUUAUUUUUCUUCAAAGCCUAUUGGCUAAAUGGAGAGAUUCAAAAGGGAGCUGAUGUUGAAGAUUAUUUGUGGCUGACCAAAGAUGAACUGUUGCAAUAUUUGAAAUCAGAUUAUUACAAAACUAUUAAAGAUUUCAUCUUUGAGAUAUGAACAGGAUAAAUUUUAAGAGUUUUUUCAAAAGGUCAUUUUUUGGGAGGCUUUGCAGCCUGACAGGUGCUGUCAAAGCUCUUUUGACAGCAGUUGUAAACACUGAAUAACCAUCAAUACCAGUUGGAUGCUUACUGAAGACAUCUAUGUAAUUUUUGCAUAACAACCUGUUGUGUCAGUGAAAGUUUGUCAUCUUACACGUGCAUCAUUUUAUCUGAGUAAUUUUAUGUUUAAGUAAUUUUAGACUGAACGGAGUGGAAUUGUGAAGUAAAAGUUUAUCAUUGUGCUGUUUAAU